ACGUACGCUUCGUGGUAAAUAAAAAAUGUUUUGUUGAUGGUAUUGAUGAGGUUUACAUUUUUCAUUAUGAAACGUGUGUGAGUUGUACUGGCGGCGAACGACUUAGCAAAUUUUGUUUACUUCGGUUAACCCAUUUCUGCCGCUAGGUGGGACGUCGUACGCUAACUUGUCGUUCCGCUGCUCCCAGAAGUUUUGAGCCAUCGGAGAAGCCAUUUUCGUCAAUGAUUUUCGUCGUGGUUUAACGAAGAGCUUUGUGCCCCCGUUUUCUUUUGUUUGCUGCGUGCUAGCGACUAUAAGAGUGCCUCGAAACGAACUGCGUGUUUGCCGUAUACUACGUAGUGUUGACGGAGUGAGGCUUUUUCUUCCGCCGUUCGUGUGGCCUUUGAAGCGGGAUGUCCUCGCACAAAGGCAGCCGCCUCGGACCACGUGUGUCUGCUCGCCAGCGGGAGAUAUUGGUGGAGUUCAUGGAACGUCACCCCUACCUCGUCAAACCGUCGUGUGCUCUGAACCCGGAGCUCACGGCAGCGCGCAAAGAAGAGUUGUGGAAGGAACUCGUCUCGCUCCUGAACAAUGAAGGCCCAGCCGUGAAAACUGUGCACCAGUGGCGCGCCUUCUGGAACAAGGAGACGCACGACGCCCGCCACGACGCCGCUGUUCACGCCGCAGAGCACAGGGGCACUGGGGGUGGCAAGUUGCCUGGACUGCGCGGGCGUAUCCUUUCGCUGGUAGGGGUAGCCAGUGCAAUUGGAGUAUGCCCCAAUUUUUUUGAAGACGCCGAAGAGGUCAGCGAAGAGCCAAGAGCUGCCGAGAGCCGGCCCAGCGGUAGUGUGUCCGUUGGUGAACAACCGGGUACGAGUGGGAUUCAAGCACGCCUGCAGCAGCAGCCUCAGCAGCCCGUGAAGCGACCCGCGCCUUCGGAAGGCGAAGAUGGCGGUAGUAGGAAACGCCCACGGCAGGGUGUCCCAAGCAGAAGCAGGUCCCCCAGAAUGGAUGAGGUGGUGGCAGAUCUGUCUGCGAGUUACGGUCAUUCAGUUGACCUGUAUGACCAGAACCUAACUGUUCUGCAGGACCUCGCGACUGGUGUCCGGGCGCUCACCGAUGCUAUAGCUCAGCAGGCUGCUGACAUCGCUCAGGUGGGAGACACCUUGCUCCGCCAAACUCUGGCCCAGGAACGCCUGGCUACUGCUGCAGAGCGACAAGUGCAGCAGAAUGACAUGAUGCUGCAGGAACUCCGCACCUUGACUAGGAUGGCCCCAGCAUUGUUAGUACUGUUGCAUCAGUCGCUUGGAAAUGCGGCCAGCAGUGAGAGAAAUGCGCCAUAAAUAUGUAAAGCCACAUGGCUUUCUUCGCUUGUACCAUUGCCUUUGUACCAUUGGCAUGUAGUGUGCCAAGCAGUUUUUUGUUCCUAAAGGAAACUUGUUUUCAUCUAGUCUUGACAGUGUGUGCAAGCGAAGCUGCAUUGUUUUGUUGGCCGAGAACAUGUGCCGCACACAGUAAUGGGGUCACAAAGGUUUAAACUCGCAAU